CAAAAAAAAGGAGCUAAUUUAUCAAGACCGGGUCCGAAUUCGGGUACGGGUUCGGUUUCUCAUUACGGUCAACUAAACCCGAAUCACAACGGCAGCUUACUGUGAAAUUCCGGCUGGCGAAACUUGAGAAGAAAAAUGAAAUCGAAUGAUCCCAAAAAGCUCCCAGAAGAAGCGAUUCAGCUUCCGACGACGUCGAUCCAGCAUCCGCCUUCGUUAUCGGAGCGUUUAUUGAUCCCUACCUUUCUGGCAGGAGUAACAGGAGGAGGAGCUGGAUUACUGUCAAAACAUAGGAAAGCUCAUCCCAAUAUUCCCGUUACUUAUGCUACUAAUUUCGCCAUUGUUGCUGGUUGCUAUUGCGGGGCUCGUGAAUUGGUCAGAGAAACUAGAAAAUCAGAACAAGGCGAUUUAAUGAAUUCAGUUAUCGGCGGUCUUUUCAGUGGUGCUUUAUUAGGAAGACUUCAAGGAGGACCUCGUGGUGCGUUUCGCUACUCUAUAGCUUUUGCCACUUUAGGCACAGCAUUUGAUUAUGCUAGCCUUAGGGCAAAACUUCUGUUAGAGAGCGUGCGUAACAUCGAUUCAAUCACGCUACCUGUAUGGUUUCCCAUACAGAUCCUUGACGAAGAAGCCCUUGCGAAGAAGAAAGCUCAGGAACGGAAACUCUUCCCAAGAUUGAACAAAGAAGAAUCUUGACAUCCGAUCAAAUCUUUCGAAAGCAGUUUUCAGUGUCUUGUCUGAGAAUUUUAGUCUGGGUUUGUCGUUUCGUGACGUAAUUCCGGAUUUUUAGAUAUGACAUUGAAAGAGGAGGUUUGACCUUUAAGUUUAUUGUUUACACAAGGGAACCUUUGGUGGGUGAGCUACAACGGUUUUUAAUAUAUGACUGAUCUGAUUACUUCUCGGACUGUUUUGGUUUGUGGGUGUUGAAUUUACAGUCGCAACCUUUUUUCCGACAAAAUCUACACUAUUAUUUAAAAGAGGAUCAUUUUUUGAAACAAACAUUU